UCCGGUAGGUAUGGGCCUUACUAAAAGGAAAAUCAUCCUCCCUCUUGUUUUCCUGUUGGUGAUACUCUCCCUUCUCCGAGUACUCAAAGUCGCCAUUAGCUCUUCGCCUUUUUCAUCCACGAGACUCGUUCUAAACACAGUGGUUCCACCUACCAUCCGUUUGAAGCCAAUUCGUGACACAGUACUCACCCAAAAGGAGAUCCAGUUUCUUUACGACAUAAUCCUUCAGAAAUCUCCCUGCAACCUUCUUGUUUUCGGGCUUGAAGAGCAGUACUUGAAGUUACCGACCGUUAAUGGAGGUGGUAGCACAGUUUUUCUAGAAGAUAGACCCGAAAAGCUAAAGAAAACAAAGGGGGGUGCUAAUGGCAAAUGGGUUUACAGAGUUGAGUACAAAACUUACGCCAAGAACGCGUACAAGUUGCUAAAGCACGCGAGAUCACACUCGAGUUGCUAUCCGCAUUCUGGGAUAACAACUAUCGUGUCCAAAUGCAAGCUUGCAUUAACGGAGCUGCCCGAGGAUGUGCUAAAGACGAAAUGGGAUGUGAUCGUGGUGGACGGACCUGAUGGCGAUGGACCAGAAUCGCCAGGAAGAAUGGGUUCUAUUUUUAUGGCGGGUGCUUUGGCAAGAGCCGGAAACAGGACCAAUGUGGUUGUCCACGAUGUCGAUCGGAUGAUCGAGAAGUGGUUUUCGUGGGAGUUCUUGUGUGAAGAGAAUCUGGUUUCUUCGAAAGGGAGAUUUUGGAAUUUUAGGAUACCUCGGAAAAUUAAUAACCAUUCUUCGAAAUUUUGCUCUGUAUAG